UGCAGCGGUAGCCUGGCGCCGGGGGGCCCCAGCCUCGUGGACGCGCAUCAGCUUCAACCUUCCAGGUUCCGCAACAAUACCGAUAGUUGGUCUAGCUCAUGGUAAUGCGCCGACGACGCAUUUUGCAUACAAGGUAGCUCUAUAAUGUUUGUUGGGAAACCAUGGCCACGGAUACCAACAGCGGCGAGCCAUCCCCGACGGCGAAGGUGCACAGCUCUCUAGAGACGGGACCUUUUGUCUUGCGCCCAUUGCUCGAGCAUGUUCCCCUCUCUGCCGAUGACGCGGAAGACGAGGUCAAGAUCAAUUGCGUGGAAUACCUAGAACGCAACUUAUAUGUCGGUACUUCGGCCUCGGAGCUCCUCCAUUUCUUCCAGAUCCCCCCCGACCCAGCCGAUCCACCCGAUCAGAAUGGAAAGCCCGUCUUUAUCCUCGCCUCGAGGCUACGCCCUGCAUACUCGGAAAGCUCUUCUGUGCCAAAUGGCUCUCGUCCCGGCGUCCAACAAAUCCUGCUUCUGCCCAGUGUCGGCAAGGCAUGCGUCUUGUGCAAUUGGACUGUGACCUUCUACUCCUUGCCCGAGUUGAGCCCUGUGUUCGGGACUACACAAGUGAAGAAUUGCAAUUGGAUUGGGGGGCUAGACUUGAACGAAGGGCCCGCCAACAAUGGGCCUUCCGGUGCCACCAUUCUUCUGUCCCUGAAUAGGAGGAUUCAGGUCGUACGUAUAGGAGAGGAUGCCCGAGUCAUCAAGAAAAUCGACUUUGCUGGGAGCACCCUAUCGGUGCGGAGAGAUUCCAUCGCGUGUGUGGCCGAUUCUAGAAGCUACGCGCUCUUAGAUGUCGAUCGGCAGCUGAAGAUCCCUCUUAUGAGCAUAUCGUCUCUGGAUGACUCGCAGCCAGGUGGACCGCUUGGGCAGGCCCAAAAUAUUGCUGGCGGCCCUGAUGGGGGGCUUCUCAGGAGCGCAUCCUCAGCCGCCCAUGCCCGACGGUCGCCCGCACCCGAUGCCCAUGGCCAUACUAGAAGUACGAGCCUGGGAUCUUUCAUUACCGGUGGCAUUCACAAGCAGGAUAAGAAGGCCAGUGAGCCUGAAGAUCCCGUCUUUCAGGAGUCUGAUCCUCCCGCCCCCUCGAGGAGUCCAGCGUUGGCGGAGGGGGGCCCAUCGAAUCCUGCAGCAGAUUCCGACAAGCCGUUACCUGUGCCUCCCUCCGGUUCCGGUGCCCUCAUGGCUGCACAGGUAGGCGGUGGUGCUUCUGCGGAAAGGACGGCGUCGCCUGCUAGACCUGGACCAGUCUUCCUUAAACCCCACAUCUUAUCUCCCACGCCAGAAGAAUUCCUUCUUGUCACUGGCGUUGGACCCCUAGACCCUGGCAUUGGCAUGUUUGUGAACUUGGAUGGAGACCCUACCAGGCCUACCAUUGAAUUCGACAGGUAUCCACGCGAGAUAGCCGUGGACGGCGGAUCCUCAGAUCUCUCGUCGUCAAAACCGUCACUUGGGGAAGAGGAGGAAGGCUAUGUUCUUGCCUCGAUGGCCAGGAAAUUUGACGAUGGUCUCCAUCAUGGCCUGGAGAUUCAGCGGUUCGACGUCAAUGUCGGAGAAGGCGAGCCCGACAAGUUUUGGCUUGAGAUCAAAACCGGCGCCCCCCGUGAUCUAGACCCCUCUGCUCCGAUUGGUGUCCGCUCUCUGCUUAGCAGCGAUGAGAUGCAGUUCCAAGAGGUGGCAGACAGACUGCGCCAGAAACGAUUCUCGCCCUUCUCGAACGAGGCUCCCGAGACGUCGGCGACGUCAUUGCGGCGUGCCGACUCUCGGACCGACUUAUCCAUAGAGAGAUUGUCCAAGGAACGAGAACUUUUCGAUCAGGCGCUUGAUUCGGACGACGAGCCGCUAGUAGACGAGUGGGAGGCUGUUCGAAACAGGGAAGAGCGGGAAUAUGCUAGUCGACUUGCGAAGACGACGUCGCGCCUAGCUGUUUGGGUUGGGAAUACGAUCUGGUGGGCAAUCAGAAACCCCCUCCUUCUGCAGCUUGAGGUUGGGCUAGAAGCCUACGAUGGAGGAAAUGGGAAUUUCUCGCGCUCCCCGGAGGAGCGAGCCGAGCUGCUCGCAAUCCUUGGCUCUAUCAAGGGGCGGGAUGCUAAAACGGAACUGGAGUUCAUGACUUUCCGAUACAUCAGACAAAGAGCCGGAAUCUUGCUGUUCGCCAGCUUCUUGCAGUCUCAAGAAGCGCCCUUCACAGAAUCCGAGCUAAGAGCCAUGGAGGAGGUCCUUCUAGAGGGGGGUCUCGAUCCGCGGGUUGCAUUGGCUCUCAUUCCGCCUCUGCGCAACGAGAUCGUUGAGAGUCGGAGAGGUAUCUGGAUCUAUGGGGGUGUUAAGAACACCGUCGAGAGCUGCAUCCGAGCCGAUCAGUCGGGAGAAUCCAUCCAGCCUCUGAGCUCGCUGGGCACGGAGGUUCUACAGUUUCUCCGGCGUUUCCUCACGGCCUGGAGGGGAAACAAGGACUUCGGGAGCAUAUCAGACAAGAGCCAGGUAUUCCGAACUGUUGACGCAGCGCUUCUACUGGUGCUCCUCGAACUCGAUCAGAGCUCGCCAAAAGGACUCACUACUAAGUCGGGGUCUGUUCGAUCGAGUCUAUACGAUCUCGUCGACAGCGGAGUAGACUGCUUCGACCGAGCAGUAGACCUCCUCGAAACCUACCACCGCCUCUAUGUGCUCAGUCGACUGUACCUGAGCCGCAAGCUGUCAGCCGAUGUUCUUGGGACUUGGAGGCGGAUUAUCGAAGGCGAACGGGACGACGGAGGCGAGCUUCAGGACGGCGAGCAGCGUCUCCGAAGGCAUCUCUCCGAAGUCAGCAACCAGGCUCUUGUACAGGAGUACGGAGUGUGGCUUGCGGCUCGCAACCCACAACUCGGCGUCCAGGUGUUUGCGGACGACAAGGGGCGGGCUCCGAAGUUUGAACCAGCCCAGAUCAUCGCCCUUCUUCGGGACCAGGCCCCCGACGCGGUGAAAUAUUAUCUGGAGUAUUUGGUCUUCAGCAAAGGCGAUACCGCAAACAUCAACGAGCUCAUAACAUACUACCUGGACGUUGUCAUCGAUGACCUGCAGUCAUCAGAAACUGCGCGGGAAACCGUGGCCGCUUCGUACCAGGCGUACCGAGCGCUGCGGCCUCCCAAGCCGACAUACCGGCAGUUCCUCGCCGACAACGCCCCGCCCGAUAACGAAGUCUGGCAGAGUCGGCUGCGGCUCCUGCAGCUCCUCAGCGGGCCGCACGAGUACGACUCCAAAGCCAUCCGCAGCCGGAUCACGACCGCCUUCCCGGGCGACUCGGACGACCACGCGGAGAGCCAGCUUCUCGUCCCCGAGGCCAUCAUCCUGGACGGGCGCGAGCGGCAGCACGAGGACGCGCUCCGCCUCCUGGUGCACCGGCUGGGAGACUACGACACGGCGGUGUCGUACUGCCUCCGCGGGGGCAGCAGCAUCUACACGGCGGCGGGUCCCGGGCAGGGGCGGCGCGAGAGCACGCCGGGCCGGGAGACGCAGACGCAGCUCUUCGCGGCGCUCCUGAGGGAGUUCCUGGCGCUCGAGGACGUCAGUGACCGGGUGGAGCAGACGGGGGCGCUGCUGCAGCGGUUCGGCGGCUGGUUCGACGUGGCCGAGGUGCUGGGCCUGAUCCCGGACGGCUGGUCGGUGGAUGUGGCGGCCGGGUUCCUUGCGGCGGCCCUGAGGCGGCUGAUGAGGGAGAGACACGAGAGCAUGCUCGCGAGGUCGCUGAGCUCGGCGGAGAACCUGAGGGUCAACUACGACCGCGUCGUCAAGGUGGACGAGAAGGGGCCCGUCGUGGAUGCGGGGAGCUGAGGGGGGGUGUAUACAUCCAAAGCUCAAUUGCUGUUGGUUAGAUGAUAGUAACUGAUUGGUCAGCUACUCUGAACAGAAGUGUCGGGUGCUCCUCAUUUAAGUACCUACUGUACAAUACAUUGAUACUACACGUCCGUGACGGCCAUGCUUGCGACCUCCUGGGAUCAGAACACCUAGAACAGGAAACCGCAGCCGUAACUAAGUUGUUCUUGCGAACCGAAAGCCUACAGUGGCUGAUUUACUUG